GUUGAAGUUACAGAGGGAAAGCUUCGGCGAUAUAUUUUGUGAAAUCGUUUAGAUAAAUUAUUCAGUAAAACUUUACAUUGUACAAUAAAAGACUUUUCAAAGUUAUUAUUCGUGUCUUCGUAUAACAUCAUUUAUAAACAAAUAACAACAUGGACAACCCGGAGGAAGUAAUGCAAAUUCUUGAAAGAUUCAAUGUUAGUCGCAACAAGGAAAUCAGCGCUCAACUUGAAGAAUAUUUGUCAUUUGUAGCUAGAACAGGCGAUUCGGUCUACGCAUGGUCGCUUGUAAAAAACUUGUACAGAGAGAAACUCGUAAAUGUUAUUACAGAUUUUUAUAAUGAAACACCAACAAAAGAACUUCCUCAGUACCCAAAUGUUGAUCCCUUCAACUAUGAGACAAUGAAAAAGAUGCUCAUAGAGAAACUUGACAGCUUUGCAUCAGCUCCAUUCACAAUUCAACGCAUAAGUGAACUUCUUUCUGAUCCAAAGAAACAAUAUAACAGAAUUGAUAAAUUCAUGCGAGCAGUAGAGAAGACGAUAUUGGUGGUGAGCACGGUUCCACCAGGAAGGCAUCGUUCUGAAAGUGAAAAUGGUGAUUCACUCGACUCAGCUUUAAAUGGUGACUUUUCGUCCGAAGUUAAUGUUGACAUAGAAAUGGAAAAUGAUCGAUCAUAUGAGGAGCCAAAAGAACCAACAAUCAUUUCACAAAUGAAAGAUUCGAGUGUUGAAAAAACAGCACCAAACGGUGAACCAGAUGAGAAAAAAUAUGAAGUUGAAACAACAAGUAAAGUGACACAAGACGAAGGAGAAAAAAGUUCUAAAGAAGAAAAAAAAGUUUCUCCGUCACUUGUUCCUGCAGUUGUCUUAGAAUCAGAAGAAAAAUCCAAAGCUGACGAUGAUACAAAAGAAAUUUCUCCUUUGAAUGAAUCGUCAGUGAAAACCACCGAGAAAGUAAAAGAAACAGAAGUUGAAACUCUUGUCCAAAAAUCAUCAGAAAUCACCAACGAACCAGCAACAACAGCAACAGUUGCUGAGUCAAAACCUGAUGAAAAUGUUUUAUUGAAUAAAUCGCUUCGUUCAGCUGAUGAUGAAAUUCUUGUUGACACUUCAGCAGUUAUAAGUCAGACAACGCCGCUUGAAGCACUUGAGAACAUCGUUGCCAUCCGAACUGAUCCAUCACUUGACACUUCAGAUCGUCAAAGUACAGAAGUUGCUUUGACCUCGGAAUCUGAGACCAAUGCAAGUAGUGAAGUAGUAAAUGUAACCGUAACAGUAUCUGAAGAUGCAACUGAAAUGGAAGCAAAACGUCUGAAACUUUCCUCAACUGAAAUUACUGAAGCGCUACUAGAACAAUCGACAGAAGUUGCUGCCGAAAAUGUAAAAACUUCUGCUGAAGUCGAAACUCCUGUCAUUGAAGCUGUUGACGAACCAACAAUAGAAUCUUCUGAAAUCACAUCAACUCAACCAGAACCAGUCAUUGAACUCAAUGUCUCUGCUCUCUUAGAGAAGACUGAACCAAUUGCAGAACCAACAGAAACGAUAACUGAAAAGAUCGGAGAGCCACUUAUUGAGAUUUCUGAAAUUCCAAUUGAAAUUGUUCCAUCAACUGAUGCAGAAAUUUCUGCUACUGAAAUGGAAACGAUUCCAACACCGACAGUCAUCACUGAGAACACAAUGUCACUUGAUGAAGAUGAACCUCCUGCAAUUGAACUUGAAAUGACUCCAAUUGCUAACAAAAUGGACACUGAUGAAACAAUUGAAGGUGCUCCAAUGGACUUCGAAGACGAUGCAGAGCCAAUGGAUCAAUAAAAUGUUCAAUUGAUAUCAUUUUAAACGACAUUUGACAUAAAAUCUUUAGUUUCAAUCGGAAAAGCUUUUUUUAAUUAAUUUUCUCUUAAAUAAUUUUUUUCUUGAUUUAUCAUUCACAAAACACUCUUAGAAAAUAAAUGAAAGAAUAAAUUAAACAAUAAAAAAUUUGGUUUUCCUUAAAGGUUCCACGUAGUGGCAAUGAUGAGCUUGAUGAGUUAUCCAACGAAUGAUUCAAUAAAUCAAGAAAUUAUUUGCAAUUGUUUACAUCUUU